GCCAUGGUGAUCACAAAUAACCAAACUCCCAACAAUGAGAUGAGGGCAUUACUACUACUCAGACUUGCAGCAGGGAGAAGCAGAUGGUCCCCGUUUCAUCAUGGGCUGCAAUACAUCUAACAGGGUUGCUGCAACACAGCUGUCUUCUGAGGAGCUACAGAACAACCACGAAGCCAGAAGCCAGACUACAAGUGACAGCGCUGACAGUACAUGGGCUGCCACCUCUCAGGAGGGGACAGCUUGGACAGGGGGCACUUUAGAGAACAGAAACAAACUUGAAGUCAGCGAAGGAGAUUUCCCUGAGAAAUCAACAGAAGGGUUUACGCCUCCUGAAAAAAGAAGCAAUGCACAAAGCACAGAUGCACUGCUCACCAGUGGGUUCAUCAGUAAAUCAAGGCCUUUACAAGAAACGGAGAGACAAAAAUCAUCAGACAUUCUUGAGGAGCUGAGGAUGCAGGGAAUAAUCAGGAGCCAAAGUACUACUGCUGGGACUGGAGAAGCAUAUGAAAACAAGAGAGAUGCCCUGAAAAAGAUGCCGAAGAAACCACCAGUUAGGCUGGAAAAAAUGUGGUUUGGAAGCAAGGAAGUGAAUGAUUUCACAGCAAAGGACAUGAAGACUGCUGAAGAGAAAAAACAGGUUAGGGAAAAAGAACUAUGCAGGAGACAACAACACAGUGCAUUUUAUCCAGCAACGGACCACCAAGCUACAAGUAAAAAGACUGAAAAGGACUGCCCAAAUUUUCAAAGUCAAGAAAGCACAGAUUCCCCUCAGUCAUCACCUUUACAUGGCAAGAUAAGUGUACCGCUGCAGGAAAUAACUGCAGAAGAAACCACAAAUUAUUACACUGAGGACUUUACUAUUGAGUCUGAUACAACUUACAACUGUAUCAAUGAAACAAUCUGGAUCUAAGCCAUUCUGCAAAGAAGGAAACUCUCUGCUCCCUGUUGCUGUUUAUCUCAGGGCUUGAGAAGAUGAUUUAUCCUGAACUGAUAGUUGUGGUUACGUAUUUCACCUUGGAAAACUCUAAUUUCCACAUUUUUACAUACAAGUUGAAGGAAACAAACCAAAUAAGAAAAGAAAGAGGCAAAUUAGUGACCCGCCAGUCUCUAAGUUGGAGCACAAACAUGUGAACACGGUUCUAUUACACUUACCUCUAGAAUUCCAUUUUCCUAGAGGGCUGAGAACAGGAGUUUGGAAAGGCACUGUAAGAGUACAGAAAGACACAAAAGCAGGAGUAUGCAAGUAUGAACAGCUACAAGAUUUGGGGUAGUAAAACACAGUGGGCACCUAAACAUAAGAACAAAGAGUCUUAACUUGCUGUGCAGGCAGAGAAGUGUGAGCUUCAGAUGUUAAGGUAACAACAGGCCACAGGAACGUCUGUGUAUACAGAGCAUGUACAAAUACUGAAACUGAAGCAGAGAAAACAACUAAUUGGCUGAGAUUUGCAAAGCGCAGGUGAGUUAUCCAUAUGGACGAGAAGAAUGUGAUUGAUCUCCAUGGGAAGGAGAGGACUGUUCCCAUAUCAGAGCGAUGAAUUUGGAAUCUCCCAUGCCCUACCUCCUAUAUACAUGCAACAUCUAAUAUAUUCAGUUCUUCCAAAACCAGUGCAUAACAGCAAUGGUUGCAUUUGCACUUCACCUGUUACCAGCCCUACCAUUCCCUUCUGGUUCAUCUCUAAGUUUGCCUAAUCCUUACUUCCAUACCAAUAACGCCUACCUGCCAUGCUGGCUUUUCUAAUUCCUUACCUCCAGCUCCUGAUGACACAUUCUUCCUUUCUGCCUUCCAAGCCAAGGAAAUUCAGUUACAGUACAGGCCCACUGCUUUCUUUGCCAGGUACUAUAGGAAAGAGGAAAAACUUAACCUUUAUUUGUACAGUCUCAUUGUGGUUCUCCCUAUUACUCUCUGGAAGUUUAAAUAAAUAAAUAAUACUUGCACUAAAACAUUAAAGAUAGGAACGAGAUUGCAUCUCAUUACUCAAGCAGUUGGGAUCCCACCUGAGUAAGCUUGUUAGGAAGAGACCAAUGCUUCAGUGUUGGUAUUUAAGAAAAAUAAAAAUAGGGGGACAUGGUAGCUCCUUUUUAAUGAAGAUGAAAAACACUAAUAUUUGCCCACAGCUUUCCUGUGGUUUCAGAAGGACGGGACAAACAGUCUCCUGUUCCCACCCAAUGUCCUUUCUUCCACUGUUUCCCAGGUAAGGAUUUUAGCUCCCUGGAGCACAAAAGGCCUCGUGACACACACACACAGAGAAGCACAGCAGCUGGCAAGGUGCCUUUCUGCACUGUGACCACCUGUGGACUCCAGCCUGGCUCAGCUGUGUCAGACACACUGCUCUCCCACAUUAACCACACGGCAAGGACAGCCUGAGAAAAGCAACACUAAACGUGGUGUGUAUCUGACAACGGCAGGACUUUCAGUAGGCACAAACACAAGUGAGGUGCACUAGUGCUUGCUUUCAAAACACAGCACAACUCCGUUCCGUUCCCUCUCUGUUAUAACAGUGAGCAGAGCUCUCCACUCUCAGCCCUGCCGUCGGCGGAGCCGGGCUCUUACCGCUCCCCCAUGCCCAGCAGGUGUCACCCUGCCCCGCAGAACUCCCCGCCGUGCCCCGGUCCCACCCUCAGGCCGCCAGCCCCUGCUGCCUGCCCCUUUAAAUGUACCUAAGACCAAGCAGAGUUAUUACAUGGUGGGGGUAAAACUCUGCACGGCAAUGCUUUGGCAUGAAUUCAGGAAGCCUCAUGCUGGGAAGAGCCAUUACACAACAUCAUCUGACCUCCUGUAUAUACAGAACAUCACGUUUAAUAACUGACUGUAGUACUCGGGGGUACUGAGGGAUCUUAAAUGAAAAAUCGGAAUCAGGGCCCUUCAACCUCUUCUUGUUUUCCUACGUUAAUUUGACGUUUCAGAAUAACUUGGCUGCUUUUCAAGUGCUGUCAGAAGUGCUGGUUUCCCUUUGAGGAGCGGUAACUUCUGAUUUCAGGCAGUACAUCAAGAGAAACCAUCACUUCUCUUCCCACCGGUGAGUACUGAGAAGAGAUGUUAGUGAUUGCAUAAGCCACUACUGAAUAAAUCCCAAGUGACAGAAGAUCCCAGGUCACACUGCACGAGGGGGAGUGUGGGGCAGAAGGCACAGCACAGGGCCAGACUCAGGAGGGGAGAGGGUGGGUACUGGAAUGCUGCACAAACCUUCCUAGAGUGAGAAUAACAAAAAUAUUUCCCUCCUUCUCCUUUUGAAAAACCAGAGCAUUUGAUAAAACAAAGACACAACUUUAUAAAGUAGAAAUAGCAACAGUCACACCCAGCAGGGGCUCCGUUUUGCUCGGUGAAUUCCCCCUCUUUUCCUGUUGUCUUGCAGAUUAGGAAGGCAUGGGAUAAAGAGAUCUUGUCAGGGAUAUUAAUGGAGCCAUCCCUCCAGAUAGCUCUAGAGGCUCCGGUCCCAGCCCCUCUCACCACGAGGCAGCUAGCUAGGAAGAUGUAUUCCCAAACAAGCUGAUAGAGGCUAUCUUGGGGAGGUGAGGACUAAACAGGGUACAAACAGCCUUCCCAUCUGGGUAACCCCUGAGUGCCCUCACUCCCAGCUACCCUGCUAAUGUUUCUGCUGGGAUUUUAUGCUGUGCAGUGAUUUGUUCUGAAAUAGAGACCUGACAGAUCAAUGAAGAGCAGAAUCCGCUUGCAGUCUACAGCGCUUUCCCACUUCACUGAUAUUUUGCUUUCUUGCUUCUCUGGGUUUUAUCUUUAGCAGGCCGUUUCGUACUGAACAUCUCUGGCAGGUGCCCGAUCUGUUUUUUCUCUCUGGCACUUUUACAGUAAAAAGUGUUCUUGUUUUAAAGAGGAUAGUGAGAGGAAGACAAUGAAGGAGGCAAACAAAUGCAGGGAGAGAUUUACAAAGACAGCACAGCGAAUUGUUUUUCUGCUCUAGAUAAGAGUUUUUAGAGUGUUGUGGCAGCAUGUAGUGCCCGACCAAUACAACAUGCUGAUAGGACUGCUUCCAUUAUUUUGAGACUAUUUAUAUUCCAGAAGAAUGUAAAUAAAUACAAAGCCAGCUAUGAUAUGGAAUGAUGAUUAUUGGCAAUGGCAUCUCUAAGAGUUGCUUAGACUAGAGUUUGUCACGGGUUACCUAGAUUUACCUGUGAAUUGUAACUUGGAGCUGCUCUGGAAAGAACUAAUUGGGAAAUGUAAGAACCAAUGGAGAUUGUUCUGACAGUUUAGUUCAUAUUUGGAAACCUUCCUGGCCACUGUUUAAAUUAAUAGAGUGGACAAUGUCCAAAACUGUGCUUUUCUCACCUUUCUAGCUUAUCUGAUGGUCCAUCUUCUCUACAUCAUGUCCCUUUGAGUACACUGCCAAGAGACAUAAUUAUAUGAUUUGAUGCAUAUCAGAUAGACAUGAGCUAUUUUAGUGACUGUCAUAUUCAAUACAAAAUAUAUUAAACUGGACCUAGAAUCCUUGACAGAAGCACUGAGCUUUUAUCACCAUGACCUUAGCAACUGAUAAGACUCACAUUUUACUUAUUCGCUAAGAGAUCCUGAAAAGUCACCCCUCUCCUCUGCAAAGGCAGACUGGCAUGCCUUUAGGAACUCUUGUUCUCUAUAGCGGGCUUGGCAGGCAAAAGUGAGGCCAGUAAAAGAGAAGACUUUCUAACCAACACCUCAUGAGCUAGGAAGCCAGUGGACUAGAAGUGCUCCACACCAGCUAAGCUGCUUAUCACAUUCAUGCCUCUCCUAGGAUAUGAGCAUUCAAAAGCAAAAGAUAUUUUGUGAUCCUAUAAGACACAAGCACUAGAUGGAGCAGCGGGCAAACUUCUGUACUCUUUUAUUGCUCAUAUUCAAUCCAUGAAGUUACCAGAUAGCCCACUCAGAAUUUGAGCUGUUUUCUUAAGGCACCUGUUUUGGCUUCCAGGCAUUUCCCCACAUGGAGAAAAAGGAAUCUUAUUGAAGGGGAAAAAAGUAUACUGUUAGAACAGAACAUCAUGAUUCUCAAGGUAACUUGGAAGUAGGGAGAGGGUUGUUGUACACAGGUCGCUCUGAAAGUAAUGUCUCCUAUAUAUUUCUUUGGAAACGACGACAGACACAAAGAGCACAAUAAUACUGCUUGAUAGAGCAAAUUCUCAGCUACAAAACAGUGUUUUUCAACAGUGACUACAACAUAAUAAAACAGGGGGCAUUGCUUUCAGAGCAGCCCUCAUAUAUACCUUUUAAUCAUUUAAGAAAACCUCUCUCAAAUUCAGCUUUCUUUAAAAAACAAAAGAUAGAAAAGGGUAGGGGACAUUUCCACCUCUUCUCUUAACAAAAACAAUCUCUGUCUACCAACAGCUAGUGCUGAGUUUAUCAGUCCCUCCACUGUGCCUUGCUCAGUCACCUCAGUUCCCUGUUCUGGCUUCUCAAAUGAACACCCUUUGGAGCCGACUGAAUAAUCGACUUUUCACUUCAAGAUAUGCAUCAAAUAAAUGAAGAAAAGAAGAAAACACAAGCAAAAAGAUGUGAGUUGGAUGAGGAGUUUAGCUUCAAGACCCUCCAUGUUAAAUCUUACUGUAAAAAUGAAAGGGAGUCACUUUUAAAAUGAAAAGUGAAACCAGAUUGUUUCAGAAGUGACACUUUGUCUGAGGUCAUACCCUUUCUAGCUUUUUCCACUCCAGGCUAUUUAUCAAAGUCUGUAGCAUCCAAGGUUGCCAAUUUCAUGGCAAAUGACUUUAAUUUUUCCAGGAACUGCAAAUGUCCCUUGCAGUUAUAAAUAACCAUAGAGUGUAAAAUGAUUGCUUGAGAGCUAUCUGAAGAAUUAUUUAUCUCAGUAGAUAUAUAGCCAUACAGAAACAUUUAUAUAACCAGAAACCAGGCAACCCCAAAUUCUUCCCCUAAAUUUUUUCCUUGCUCCUUUCUAUCAUGCUUCCUAAACUUGUCCAAUGGUUUGCACAGAAUCCAUCAGUCUGACUUCAUGCACACUCCUAAGAUGGAGGGACAAAUUGCAGCUUGGUUAGGACCCAAUAAAAAAUGUCUCAUUUACACAUGUAAAGCUGUCAACAGAAUUCAAGCAUCAACUGGCUAAUGGCUGUUUUCUGACUGCAAAAACAAUUUAUUUUGCAUUUUAUGACCCAAUGUAGCAUCAUGCUGCAUCUCUCACUAACCCUGGCUUCAUCUUUCAGGAGAUGUGAUGGUGGCUUUUGCUGCAGUGAAGAAGGAAGCCCCCACAGCAGUAAUUACUGCCUUAUUCACCUCGUUCCCCAUCUUGCCUUGACCCUUGCAGCCUCUGGUAACAACAGCAGCAGAAGUGAUGCACAGGCAGCACACUGUUGUCAGCUCACUCUCAACUCGUCUAGCACAGGUGCCGUGGACAGUCACUGGGGAGGACAGUUAAUGUUAAAACCAGGCUAGGGAUGGUUUGAAUAUAAGCAAAUUAAUGCAGACAUAACACCUUAAAUCCUACUACAGACAAAUGCAAAAAGGUACAAUUAAAGUGAGCCAAAAGCAUUUGGCACUGGAAGGAAAUCCCACAUACGAGUGUUUAGAUUCACACAAAAAGACCUCAAGUUAUAAAAAUCUGAAUGACAGUGUUGAUCAAGAAUGAGAAUGGCACUGUCACAUCAUGGGGAAAAAUACCUUGCAGAUGGCAAUAAACAUUGAUAGUGCUUUGGGGAAUAAUUACUCUGAGUUCUAUUUAGUCAUCAUUGAUAUCAUUCUAAAGAAGAGAGCUGUAUAGGAUGUCAGUAGAGAAAAGUUUUAAGUUUGUUACUUUAUUAAUUAAGAUUUACAUUGUGCCUUAUUAAUAAUAAUUUCUACUUAUGUAGAGGCUUUUGUUAACGUGUCUCUACAGAAAUACCCAAUUGAUUUUAUGAAAGGAACCACUCUCAUGUUGAGGACAUGCAAAAUAGAUAUCAAAUCACUUUCACCUGAGUUUCCAUUGGCUGUACAGGAGACAGCUCCUAUUUCCAUGAUGUCACUGCCUUGCAAAGUUGCAUAGCCAGAUGGAAACAGGAGUAUGCCAACAUAGUGACACCGCAUUUAGUGUUUGCUUAUGAUACAUAUUGUUGCAAUGUGCUCCCAUUUCAAAUGGCAAGUGCUCUAGAUUAUGAUCAUGUACUUUAACUGAAGCUUUUCUGCAUGGAAAACAAGGUUAACAUUUCUUGAGCUUCUAAGUCGUGCACUUUUUUUUACUUUUUUUUUCUUUUUUUCCCUCCAACAUGUUAUUUCACUUGGUGGAAUAACAAGGAGUAGAAGCAGAAACAGACUGCUUGCACUUUUUGGCAUCCUUUGUAAUGCUUUCAUCAAAGUGAUGCUGUGGCAAAAGGAAUAGCUCAAGCGCAUCACCAAGCUUUGAAUCAUUCAAUGUUAUUAUUAUUUGAAAGUUUCCAUGAAGCCCCAGAGACUGUUACAUUAUUGAAUGUUAAUUUUGGAAAUGCAGUAUUUCCAAUAAUGCCUUUGCAAAAGACUGAAAUUUUGUUCACCCCUCUUCCUCUUCCUUCUCCUUCUCCUCCUCUUUCUUCUCCUCAAAGCAAUAAUAAAACCAAAGUACAAAAUCUCCAUGCAACAGCAGAUGAAAGAGAACAAUUAGAUAGUAUAAAGCACUACAGAACAGUAAAAUAAGGACAAUUUCUAUUAAAAGUUUAGAUUCUGUGCAUCCCAAAAGAACACACUAAUACAAGACCCCAUGAUUUAAUCGUUCAUUAAAAUGAAAUAUAACUCAUUCUCAUGUUUUACUAUGGCCACCUACUCAAUGGAGUCAAAAUGAUUUGGGUGGUUGCCGUCAGCUCUGGCUUACAAUUGCCAGGAGGCAGCAGUCCUUUUCUCCCAAAGGGCUGUGAUGUGUGCAGAGCAGGAAGAUUUCAGCUUUGCUCCUCUUUUCUUCUUCCUUUUCUUCUUCUUCUUUUUUUCCCUUCUUUUUUAACUGUGCUUUACUUAGGGAGAGCAAAACAGCUCUUUUAUUUUUGUGAUCCUGCCAGAAGGCUGUGAGGCUGGAUAAUGCAGGCUGAAGCUCUGUCAGCUUGUUCCUAGCAACACAUAUACUCUGCAUUUCAUAUUAGCCAGUUUAAUGUGAUUAUGGGACUUUGUUUUCUCAUCGCUGAAGUAUAUUUUUAUUUAUGAAGAGGAGUGCAGGUAUUGCUGUUUUGCCUAGAUGCUUCUUUGAAACUUUCUUUAACAUCUAAAGCUUCAUUUUUUCUCUGGCAACCAACUUGUUCCCUAACAACAACAGGCUGGGAGUUUUGAUAGAUCCAUUUAGCCUUUUGAGAAACAACUAAAUUCUGUGGGUUAACUUGUCUUCUUUUACCAUCUAAGGAAUAUUGGCAAGCUGCAACCAUUUCCCUCUGUUGGCCCUUGAAAUGAUUCUUCAUGCUUUUGUCACAUAAUUAAAAUUAGAUUAUUGCAACUCCCUGCUGGCUGGCCUUAGAGCUUUGUAAACAUUCCAGCUGGCCCAUAGGUUUGUAGUGAAAGGGAUGCACUAAGCAUAUUCUUUCUUUGUCCUCUCUUCUCUCAUCUGUGUUGAAAUCGCUGCAGUUGCUAACUGCCAGCAGAAUGUAUUUGGUUAUUGCUUUCUAAGGGCAGCGAACAUAAUGUCAAAGGCAUUAUGUGCCAAAGUCUCUCUCAAGCUUUGCUUGAAACAGUCUGGAUGCAAGAGCUUUCAAUCUAUUUUCUCUUUGUCGGUGAGGUCUUUUUCUGUUGAAAAAAAAGGAGGCAAAGAAGAGGGAGGGAACAGAGAAGCACAGACUCCCUUAAUGCCACAUUCAAAAGGAAAAUGCAUACAGCUCUACAUGAUUUCAACAGGGACUGCCUUUCAUUGGCUAGUAUGUAAACACCAUGAACAUUAUGCGGUUACUCCUUCUCCUGUGACAAAAUGACUCCUUUUCCCCUCAAAAGAUUAAAGACAUUUUGCAAUAACAGCAUCUCCCGCUACUGCUAGGCUUUCUAGUUCUGGAGGCUGCUUCCCUGGCUGACUUCUUUUUAUGUCACAUUUGCUUAUGGACCAUUACUCCCACAUUCACAUCCAACCAGUUCUGUCCUAUAAAUCUUGUAUGUAACAUUGUGAUUGUGUGAGAUUUGCUUGAUGAGCUUGUAUGGAUUAUUGAAUCUCAAGGACCUGAAUGACUAAUUGUUGAGGAGAGAGAACAAUGCAGGGAUAAUAGUGCUUUAAAAGCAAGUAAUACUGAUGGCAUAGUUUGUGUUUGGACAUGAUUGCUCAUCUGUCACAUGUAUGGAUCACCUCUUAGUGUUCCCUGGUUCAUGGGCCCAUAACCUCUCACCUCUGUAAUCAGCUAGUGAAUAAGCACUUCUUUUUCUGAAAGAGAAUUAUAACAGUGAAGAAUCACAAACAGGCAGUAAAGCUGGCUGUACUGAAUUCUCUGUUACUAUUGGAGCCCCAUCACCUUCACUGAGCCAAGAGUACAUUUGUUAAGAUUGAGUUUUAGCAUAGUCUUGGCCAGCCAGUGUUAUGAAACAGUGACUAUGGAUGCAGAACCACAGUGUAAGACUAUAAAGUACGAUGUGACUUUAUUUGUGCUUCACGUUGUCACUCAUAUUAAUUGUAGAAUCAUAGAACCAUUACGGCUGGAAAGAACACUAAGAUCAUCUAGUCCACCCAUAAACCACUAAUGAUAUAUGUUUCAACACAGUCACCUCUCUGCCCAGUCAUUUUUCUCUGUGCUUUUGCUGCCUAGGCCUUUGGGCACCAACGUUUGGUUGUAAAGCACUGUUACCAGCCAGGGGCUUGACUUUAAAUCUCAUGGGCACAUUUCCAGAAAGGCUGCUUCCCCAUCCAGCUGAUGGCAGGAGAGCUGCAGGUCUUUGGCAGCUCUGCAAAUCAAGACUGCAGCUCCUAGAAGUCUGAGAAUACAGAUGAUUCUCACAGUUCCUGCCACGGUGUAGUUUGCAACUGCUGGCAGUCACAGCACAACAUAAGCUUGGUUUCUCCUUUCCCUUUGUCCCAGUGGGGCUUUUACUAACAUAAAUAUGUUACUGUGUGUAAGCAAGUGCUUCAUCGCAGCAGUUAAUGCAAGGAACAGAUCUCCUAUGACAGAGAUUGUAUUUGCAGUGCCCUGCUGCCUUCCCAGGGCAAACAUCUCUGCUGGGGACUGGCUGCUCUGCACUGCUGGCACACCGCUGCCUCUGAGCAGGGCUGGUGCCAGUCUCCCUGACAGCCGUAAGUACUGCAGCCAAGGCACCGUGUAUCAGGACUGUGCAUGUGUCAAGGACAGGUUUCCCAGCCUGAAAUGUCAAAGCAACUGUUUUUCCCUCAGGACGUGCACUUGUCUCUAUGGUGAAGAAAAUGUAUUAUCACAAGUGUUGCCUUUCAGCUCAGAGCUGGCUACAGACUAAACAGGCACAGAAUCCAGCAAAGUCUCAGCAUCUCUCUCAGCAGAAACAACUCAGAUCCUCAGACUUUUUCUUCCAAGAACCACCGUGCUCCCAAAAGGAGUGAGUUGAACAGUGACUGAUGCAGCCCUCCCAUCCAAGUGUCACAUGAUAAUUGCUUGGAAAGCAACACUUAACUUUUUUUCUACCAAAAACAAAUCUCAAACCUGGCAUCCUUGUUAGCCAUUUUCAGAUAUUUUCUGGUCGUGACCCCGUUUCAAAUUGAGACUCCACUUCUGGUGAGCCCUUGACCCCACAUACAGGCAUGGAUAAAUGGCUUCUAACUGGGCUCUGUACUUUGCUCCUAACUUUACAGACCCCACGCAGAGACGUGACCCUUGGUUUCAGACCAAGGGAUGUGGAGUACUUCAGCUUGCUCCAGCCAAUUGCUGGGGGCCAUGGAGGAAUGUGCAGCAAUGUUACUUCUGCUGGAGGCAUGAGAGUAUGCUGAAACUCAGCUGAGAGCCCACUCCUGACCAGACACCAGCCUCAUUCUACACUCAGCUGCUGUCUCCAGUUGAGUUGGGUGCUGCUGCAAGCUGAAGGAGACAAGACCUGGGGUGAGACACAGGCUUCUGGAACAUAAAGCAAAAAGUUAAGUAGAGGGAGGCAGAUAAUUUACUACUGGACUAAAAUAAACAGGAAGAAAACCUCCAGUUAACUUUCACAAGUAAUUUCUCAUUAGUUCUCCUGUGUGGCUUUGAUCACAUUUCGUUCUUCCAAAGUAACGGGAGGGAGGACGGUGUGGCUUCUUUUGUUUCCUUUAUUUAUUUAUUUUUUUAUAUUAGGACAUCUGGGCAGUGACCCAACCAAAACCUCACAUCCCUAAUAGAAGUCUGCCUGACCACAACUUGCAUAUUGCAGUUUUCAUUCACAGGCAAAGACUUAUCUUGUCCAAGUAUUUUUACUCUCUCUUAAUCAAAAUACAAAUUCUAGCUUCACUUAAAAAUAGACAUGUCAGAAACACUUGACGUGACCUGCAUGCCUUUCCACAAGCGAUAAUCAAAUUUCCUUGCCAUACUGAAGUUGAGCAGGACACAUCUCUUUUCUUAAAAAAAAAAAAACAAAAAACCAAA